AUGUCUACUCAAAUCGCAGCCUUGGAAGAGGAUCGCCAACAGUAUCAAGAGCAGCUCGAUGUCGUUCUCGCCGGCCUUAAAGAUGACCCCGAAAAUCCCGAACUCAAGAAUCUGCAGGCGGAGUUGAAUGAUAUGAUCUCCCUCCUAAACGAGUCUCUUGCUGAGCUGCAGCCGAAGCAGGCACCCAAGCCCGCAACACAGAAAGCUCCCAGCCCGCCCGAGCCCGAGAAGUGGUCCAAGGAGAACCAUCCCGCCUUCAAGAAGGCCGCCCCCGCUCCCGCCCCCGAAGAGAAGGACGACGCACCGCCCGUCACGUACCAGGUGAACGACACCGUUAUGGCCAAAUGGGCAUCAGGCGACAGAGGUUUCUACCCUGCACGCAUCACAUCCAUCACAGGCUCUUCCACGGCUCCCAUAUACAUUGUCAAAUUCAAAAGCUACGAGAACACCGAAACUUUGCGUGCCAAGGACAUCCGUCCUGUGUCCAAUAAACGCAAGGCUGACGGCGCACCAGCGUCCGGGCCCGGCACCGGCCAGCAAGCCGCCCACACACCGCCCGUCCCAUCCAAUGGCGUCGUCACCUCCGCUGCCGCCAGCUUAUAUCCGGAACAGCAAGCCAAGAUGGAGGCGGAGAAGAACGCAGUCGACGACGCCGCAAAGCCACCCAAGCCCAAGAAGAUCAAGGCUACAAAAGAGCUGGAGAAGGGCAAGUCCAAGUGGCAAGAAUUCAACUCAAAGUCUAAGUUCGGAAAGCACAAAAAGGACAGCAUGUUCCGCACGCCCGAUGGCGUGGGGGGCCGAGUUGGCUUCACUGGCUCCGGCCAAGCCAUGCGCAAAGAUCCCGGUCGCAGCCGGCAUGUAUAUCAACAAAACGACGAGCUUGACUAA